AUGACGUACGGACAGCGAGCCGUACUCCCACUCACGAAGCUGCUGGGGCGUGAGGGACUCACGCGGACGUCGCUGGAGCUGCAUCUGGCCACCGCCAGGAGCAGUGGUAGCCGCAGUAGCAACAAGAGGAGCAGUAACAGCAGUACGGGCAGGGCAGUGCUCACCAGUGGCGAGAAGGGCAGGCGUACGACGACGGCAACGGCGAGGCCGCUACCACUGCAGGGCGAGGGCUCCGCGGCUGCUGCAGGGGCGGCUGCUGCCGGGGCGGCUGUUCCAGGGGCGGCUGCUGCAGUGGCGGCUGCUCCAGGGGCGGCUGCUGCAGAGGCGGCUGCUCCAGGGGCGGCUGCUGCAGUGGCGGCUGCUCCAGGGGCGGCUGCUCCAGGGGUGGCUGCUCCAGGGGCGGCUGCUGCAGUGGAGGCUGCUCCAGGGGCGGCUGCUGCAGUGGCGGCUGCUCCCGGGGCGGCUGCUGCAGGGGCGGCUGCUCCAGGGGUGGCUGCUACAGGGGCGGCUGUUCCAGGGGCGGCUGCUACAGGGGCGGCUGUUCCAGGGGCGGCUGCUGCAGUGGCGGCUGCUCCAGGGGCGGCUGCUGCAGGGGCGGCUGCUCCAGGGGCGGCUGCUGCAGUGGCGGCUGCUCCCGGGGCGGCUGCUGCAGGGGCGGCUGCUCCAGGGGCGGCUGCUGCAGUGGCGGCUGCUCCAGGGGCAGCUGCUGCUUUGGCGGCUGCUCCAGGGGCGGCUGCUGUAGGGGCGGCUGCUCCAGGGGCGGCUGCUGCAGUGGCGGCUGCUCCAGGGCGUGGGUUAGGGCAGGGCGCCGCGGCGGGCAGGGACGACGAGGGAGCCGCGACGGGGCCGCGAGGGAGCCGCGACGGGGCCGCGAGGGAGCCGUGGAGGGGCCGCGACGAGCCGCGACGAGCCACGAGGGGCCGCGAGGGGCCGCGACAGGGCCGCGAGGGGCCGUGA